AUUUCCCUGAGUUGACUUCCAUUAUCAGACUGUACCAACAACCAUAUCGGAGGCGGACUAACUUUCCUCGCUUUCAAUUUAAUGGAGUUUCCACUUUCCACCCAUAAUUCCGACCAACUCUCCACAAGUGGAGGCUUCAUCGCCUCUUCUUUUUGCUCUGGAAAUUCUGUCGACAGACCUCAUUUUCCUUUUUUUUUCCUUCUCAUUAUUGGAUCAGAUUUUCAACGGGCUACGAGAAUCUCAGUGUUGGUAGGUAGGUUAGAGGAGCAAACACUUUGCGAUAUACAAUUCCAUUGGAUUAUAGCAUCUCGAAUUGUAACAAUAUCCCGUUGAAACAAGGAAGCCACCGCCAUUCUAACAAAUUUGAUUAAUCAGGAUUUUCAAUGGCUGGUAAAGGGAAUGGAAGUUUAGAUUGUAAACAUGCUUCCAAUCCUUACCAUGUUUGCACUGAACACUGUCUUGAAAAGAAGGGUGAAAGCAAGAAGCAGAUAGUUAGGAAGGAUUCAGACGAUGGUGCUCCGAAGCAUGGUACAGAACGCAAAAAGACAGUUCGUUCAGAUUGCACUAGUGGAUCUAAUCCUUACCAUGACUGUGAUGAAUUCUGCUCCAGCAUAACCACUCAAUCUAUUAGGCCAAAAGCAGAAAGGGAUUCAGCUGUAGGUUCAGGUGGAGCAAGGAAGGAUUCCCAGCCAAAAUCAUCCCGAAAACUCGAUGUUCCUUUGGCAAAUGCUGUUUCAUCUAAACCUCAAGCAACUAAAAAACCUGUUCUCCCAGAUGAAAAAACUCGCUUCGGUGAAGACUCUUUGACGAUUGAGGAGCAAAACAAGUUCUCAAAGUUGAUUCUAGUUUCUGCAAAUGCCUUGAAGGUUGAGGCUGAUAAUCUCCAAAAGCUCUGCAAAACCGACACUUCCUCAUUUACUUCUGUGAAAUCAAAAGAAGCCAUUAAUACAAGGCCUGAAAUUUCUGAAUUAGUACAAGAUCCUUCAGUUCAUGAUGAGGAAGAAAGUGAUCAUAAAACUACUUCACCCAAUAUUACUAGCUUUCCUGUCCCCACUUUGGCUCUUAAUCACAAAGGAGGUGACGAGGAAGAGGUUAAGUCUGUAUCAUCUGAACCCUCUGUACCUGUGGGAAAGUACUACAUUAAAGCGAGUUUAGCUCCCAUUCUGCAGUCAAUCUUCAACAAUCAUGGAGACAUAGCAGCUUCGUGUAAAUUGGAAUCGAUUUCGAUUCGUUCUUAUUACCUCGAGUGUGUGUGCUAUAUCAUUCAUGAGUUGCAGGACACAAAAUUCUCUCAGAAGGUGUCCAAGUCCAAAGUCAGAGAACUCUUGGCCAUUCUCAAUGAUGUAGUGUCUUCAGAAAUGAAUGUUGGUUGGCUGCAUAGUAUACUCAAUGAUAUUGCAGAAGCUGUUGAAUCCAGCGGCCAACAAUGGACUCUGGAGGUGGCCAAGGCUAAUUGUGACCACGAGUUGGAACUGAUUAAGAAAGAACUUGAAUCUCGAAUGCAGGAUUUGACACAAAAAGAAAAGGAAAUGAACGACGCAAAGGCAAAAGUUGCCGAUACCAGAGCUCGGUUGAGUGAACUUGAGUUCAAAUAUUUUCAUCUGAACAAGGAGAUUUCAUCUCUGCAGUUCAAGGUUAAUGAUUUAAAAUGCAGUGAUUUGAUUGAUAAACUUUUGUAAAUUUUCUGGUACUGAAUUAUGAUUUGCUGUCAUUUAGAGAUCAUAUGAAGCCUCUUGAGAGGCUCUUUUUAGGCAAGCUAGAAGAGAGAAAUACUAUCAUACAGAAAGAAGUUGAUGUAAUGAAUAAAAAGUAUUAAGCUUUCAUGGCAAUAAAUAUCAUUAUAGUUGCAUA